AUGAUCUGUCUGAGAGUGAUUCACAUUCAUGAGUCUGGAAAGAGAGGACACAGCAUUAUCAUCUUAUACCAUAUAUUAUUAUCAUCUUAUACUCCUCCCUACACUCCUCCAUCACCUCUGCCCAACACUCCCCCAUCACCUCUUCCCAACACUCCCCCAUCACCUCCUCCCAACAUUCCCCCAUCACCUCCUCCCAGCACUCACGCGUCACCUCCAAACACUCCCCCAUCACCUCCUCCCAACACUCCUCCAUCACCUCUGCCCAACACUCCACCAUCACCCUCCCACUCCGCCAUCAACAUCCCAGCACAUGAAGCAACCCUAGAAUAA